AUGUACAACGUUUUGCGGCGUGGCCUGUCCCGCAGGUCGUCCACAACGAAGCGUAAAACAGAUAUGGUGGAAGGCGCGCAGAAGAUAAUCACGAAUAGGCAAAUAGACGAAAGGUCGUUACCGGUGGGUGCGCACAGUGAGCCCGGAUGGACAUGGGCAAAGGGGAUCGAGGGGCAAUUCGAGGGUUCAAGGUGUCCGAACCCAGAGACAAACACUCUUCCCCAUUCUCCAAGGGAUGGAAAGCAUCGAGUCUCCUUCAAUGCGAAUGGAUACGGCGGCUCCCAGUAA